CGAUAAUACAGUUCGUGAACGAACAAGAUAAUCCAGCCGCCGGUCAAAAUCGUAGACAUUAUUAUCACAAGUAACACUCGAUGUAAUUAAUAAUUAUUAAUCAAAGAUCAACCGUUUUUGUACAAGUUCAAAAAAAUGUCAAAGGGCGAAAACAAACAAUAAAAGCGCUCUGAAUUCCUGUGUGGAUUGUUGUUCGUAUCGGUCAUUUGGUCUUUUCAAAUAAUAACAAUAUUAACGUAUGGUUUUGUUCUUUUCGCCCUGAUACACAAGUAUUCUACAAUAAUUUUUCGGAGCAAUGGCGCAAUCCAAACACUUAAUUGUUAUAAUUGCUUUAUUUUUUUAAUUUUUUUUGUCGAUCACCGUUUCCACCGUUCAGUUUCAUACGGCCUAGUUAAUUUAUUGUUUUUAUGUGCAAUAUGUUUUCCGUAAAUUUGGCUCGCAAUGAAUUUAUUUUCAAUCAACGGUUCAUCAAACUUGUACCGCGUUUUGAACGACUAGCCACGGCUGCCGUCGAUCCAAGUGCAUACGUCCGAUAUCAGUUCCCGAAAAUUUCGAAAGUCGACGAUUCGAUUUGUAAUAGACGAGAACGGUUCGACUCCUCGUUCACCGUUGUGCCAGAUAUAAUUUCCAGGGACGAAGAGUCUUGGCUUGUUAGUGAAAUAGAAAAAUCGUUAAAACGCUUGCGUUAUCAGCAAGAUCAUUGGGAUGAUGCCAUACAUGGGUACAGAGAAACUGAGAUAACUGCUUGGAAAGAUCCAAACAAUACGAGUAUAAUACAAAGGCUUAAAGAUCAGAUAUUUGCUAAUGGGUCAACAGAGCCUAUGCAGAGGGUACACAUACUUGAUUUAUGUAAAAAUGGUUAUGUUAAGCCACACGUAGAUAGUAUACGAUUUUGUGGUAAUAUAAUUGCUGGAUUGAGUUUGUUGUCCGACUCUAUUAUGCGUUUAGCUGAUGAAAAAUACCCAGAUAUAUAUACAGUAUAUGCACUAUUACCUCGCAGAUCAUUAUAUAUUAUGAAAGACGAUGUGCGAUACAAAUAUACACAUGAAAUAUUAAGCGAUGGUAUACCAUCUUUAUUUGAUGAUAAACACAUUGUACGUCAACGAAGAAUUUCAAUUGUAAUGAGGAAUGAGCCUCCUGUCGAUAAUGUGGGAUAAUUAUAUUAGAAAGUGUUUGAUUAUAUAAUAUUUUAUUUUGAAAUAAAAUAUCUUCUACAGACAUCAAA